GAAGAAGAAAUGAACCAUAGAACCUUUCCACUCCCCUUCGUUUCUUCCCCCCCACCCACACAUUUCGCAGCCCAAACCCCAUCCAUCAUCACCCCCUUGCCUGCUUCUAAGAAACUAGAAAACCAGUCCGUCAAAUCACCCUAAAAUAUCCCAGAGCCGAAGGGAACGCGAGCCCGAGGGAAAUCACCACAUCACCACAACCUAUCUCGACCUUCUCCACUAUCCUUCUUCUUCCCCCCCUCCGGCUCUUCCCUCUUGUCCCUUUCGCGGUCAAAUUCCUUCCACCCCCCCCGCCUCUUUCACGCCUACUCUUCUCAAUUGUUGGACGUCUUUUGACAAUUGUGUGCUCGCCCAUCUGACUUUUGUGCGCUCUCACCUUCAUAUUCCUCUUUUUUUUCUUUUUUUCUUUCUUGCGCGAAAGGCUGAGCCCUACCUGCCCAUCCUUCUGCCUCACUAUCUGCUGCCGCUCUUUGUUGUGUGUGUGUACUCCAAGUUCCAUCUGUACUCCAAGUUCCAUCCCAGAGCCAACCCACUCUCCACCCUCUUUUUUUUUUUCCCCCAAAACAUUCGCUCCACGUAAUUUCAACACUCGGGACAACUGGAGAGUAAAAUCUUCCAGAAAGAAAAUCUUUGAUAUCGACCUUCGAUUCUUCCAAGGGAGAAAAAUCUCAUUCAACGGUUCGCUGCCUGCAACCCGGAGUAAGGCUUAUCACUUGUACAUCUUUGGUUUCCUUCGCUGCUCUCUUUGCCUGGUUGUCAUUAUUAGGAUUACGACGAGAUGGGUUGUGGAAUGAGCACCGAGGAGAAGGAGGGGAAGCAGAGGAAUGAAGAGAUCGAGAAUCAGCUGAAGAAGGAUAGGAUGAUGCAGAGGAACGAGAUAAAGAUGCUCCUAUUAGGAGCUGGUGAAUCCGGCAAGUCUACCAUCCUAAAACAGAUGAAACUCAUCCACGAGGGGGGCUAUAGUCGAGAUGAAUGCGAAUCUUUCAAGGAGAUCAUUUUCUCGAAUACAGUACAAUCGAUGAGAGUAAUCUUGGAGGCUAUGGAAUCGCUGGAGUUACCUUUGGAUGACAGCCGGGCCGAGUACCAUGUUCAGACCAUUUUCAUGCAACCCACACAGAUUGAGGGUGAGAGUUUACCACCAGAGGUUGGAAAUGCUAUCAAGACACUGUGGGCCGAUCGUGGGGUGCAGGAAUGCUUCCGACGAUCGAGAGAGUAUCAGUUAAACGACUCCGCCAAGUACUACUUCGAUUCUAUUGACAGAAUUGCGCAAGCUGAAUAUUUACCUAAUGACCAAGACGUGUUGCGCUCGCGUGUCAAGACAACUGGUAUUACUGAGACCACCUUCAUCAUUGGAGAUCUUACAUAUCGCAUGUUUGAUGUUGGCGGACAGCGUUCCGAGCGUAAGAAGUGGAUUCACUGCUUCGAGAAUGUCACUACAAUCCUCUUCCUAGUCGCUAUCUCGGAAUACGACCAACUGUUAUUUGAGGAUGAAACCGUCAAUCGUAUGCAGGAAGCCUUGACCCUGUUCGACUCUAUUUGCAACUCGAGAUGGUUCAUCAAAACAAGUAUCAUUCUCUUCUUGAACAAGAUUGAUCGGUUCCGCGAGAAGCUUCCCAUCAGUCCAAUGAAGAACUACUUCGGUGAUUAUGAAGGAGGCGAGGAUUACUCCGCGGCUUGCGAUUAUAUAUUGAACCGUUUUGUUUCCCUAAAUCAAUCUGAGACUAAGCAGAUAUAUACUCAUUUCACUUGCGCAACGGAUACCACUCAAAUUCGGUUUGUUAUGGCAGCCGUUAAUGACAUCAUCAUCCAGGAAAAUCUGCGAGAAUGUGGACUGAUAUAAUUUCUUACUUUAUCAAAGUUUAAUUUUCUUUUGCUCGGCUCGGCCGGCUCUUUAUGGUCCGUUUUGGCUUUAGCGUGUCAUCGGUAUCGAAUAGCGCUCACCGGUGAUUUGGUCUCGGUGUGUGCGCAUCUCGCUCGUGGUUGGCAAAUUUUCGCUUGUGCAAGCUGGGAUUCGGAAUCGACUUCUUUCUGAUAUCCGAUCUCAUGAUAUAUUACUUUCGUAAAUCACCUUUUAUUUCUUAAAACCUCCGUUCUGUAUCGCUGCUUUUCAUAUCACACUCUCGUUCUAUUUUACGUCGUGGUUCGGUUUACCCUCAAUUUCUAUGUUUCUAGCAUAGUCUGUGUAUUUUUUUUACUCUUGGACAACUGAAUGUCGUCGGGGCUAUUUGCUUCGGUCGCCCGGAUCCUGUGUCCUAUUGUGCUUCUUUGAUACCUUUUUCCUUUUUAUUUCGCGAGCCAGAUUUGGUGUCUUGUUUUCUGCUUUCGCCUUUUUUUUUUUUCCCUCUUCCAUUUCUUGUUAGGGUGCUUCGGUAUUUCUUUGUGAUGUCUUGAGAGAAGUAGGGAAGCGAUAUAUUGGUCUAAAAACUGAUAUUUUAAGCAUUCUUAUUUCUUGCACGUGCUUUUGUUCUUUACCUCGUUCUCAUGACUUGUCCAACUCUUUUCUUUGACCAAAAAAUACGACGGGGUGGUUAGUUGUUAGGGCGAUAGUGGGUGCGGUUUGUCGAUCCUAUCUGAACGUACGGCAUGGGAUAUCGUCGGCGGAUGAGAACCGCAUUCAAGGGCUGGCUGGGUGGAGAUGCACGUGAUGGACAGCCCAUGAUAUGUUCUAGCUAUACCGGUGGCUUAUACAUUCAGUUGGGAUAAUCUAAGGGAAGAAGAGGUAGUGGGCUUCAUCAAAGAAGGGAUGGGGAUAGUACUGUGUUGAAGGGAGAAAAGUGGAAGCGAAGGGUAUGUGGAAGAUUCUGAAUGGUGCUGAAAGGAAGACCCCCCACCGCGCAUUGUAAUUACAGCAACGUAUUCAACUGCAUUGAAAUUUAUUUCUUUUCCCUCCC